AUGGAUGGAUCUUCAGCCCCCUCGUUCAAUGGCCCACGCGCCGAGCCUUCUUACUCGUCGGUCAACGACCCAUACUACGCCGCCGGUAAAUCUGCUCCGUCGUACACAGAUAUGAAUACAGGCCGGCCGAUUUCAGGUACCCAAGAUCAACUUCAUAUGAGGGGUAUCCAUGGUGAUUCAGAUAUGAAACGACAGCCGACUUUCAAAGACGUGGCUCCAGGCCUUGGGAAGUCAUCUAUAGCUCCGGCGGCUGGCGCCGGAAACGUCAACCGUGAUGCGAUUCACGACAACGAGAAGCCGUAUACCGUCGGAGAUAUCGCCGAUGCACGCAGGCACGUUUCCGUCACUGCUGGUACGUCUCCAUAUGAUCAGGAAGGUAAAAUGCCGUCAAACAGCGACGUGCGACUGGUCAUUCACAGUUCCGGCGGUCAACAGGGUGGUUAUCAGUACACGUCGGGUCCGAAGAGUUACAACGGCGAUAACUUCGGCCGGUUUAUCUGGUGA